UUCACUUAUGAGUUCCCACAGGAGGAGUUAUAGAUAUUGAAAAACGCAAUAAUAUAUUCUUAUGUCUGCUACUUCACAGUGUGUCAUAAACCAUUUAUAUACUGUGAGAGAGAGUUAAAGUAGCAUGUUAUCAGAUACAUAAAAAGCAGAAUAUUACACUGAAUCCUUUCAGACAGUUGCUAUCACAAGCUAUUUGUGUAUCAGUAGAUGGAGUUUACCAGGCGGUCAUAGAAAUGUAGAUGUUCAAAUUUCCAUGUUGGCUUAAAAGUUGAGUUUCAAAGUUCAUUCUUGUCCUUGAAAAUCACAUCACAUAAUGAACUGUCAUGACGUCUGCCAACUCUUAUCUCUUUUCUACACAUUCUUUGCCCGCAUAGUCACUAACCUACCUGUCGUUCCAGAUAUGAACAUUCCCAGCCUCACCUUCAGUCACCCUCAGUGUGUUCCCGCCAAUCUCAUUCACCUGAGUCAUUACAAUGAAUAUCAUGUUUGAUUGAGCACUCCAGAACAAUUGUUAAAUGGAUCUUGUGGUGAGAUUGUUUUGCCAGCAAGGUCACAAAUUAACUUUUAAGAGAUCAUUGCAGGAGAAUUAUUAUUUAAAUGAAACAAUGAUUAACUUCAGGAACAUACAGUAUAUUUUGAUGCUCUGAUAAACUUGAUAAAAGAUGUGCUUCCUCAUUUGGUGCUGUUACUUUCAGUUUGUGUACCAUGUGAGAUUUUGAAUCCAAAAUUAAUUCUGCAUGGUGAAACAUGUACAAAUGGCAUCAAAACAAUCAUAGAUUACUGCAAUAUUUAAUAUUUUGCACUUAAAAAUUAACUUAUGUCUGCUGUUUGCUCACUUUUGUCAACUUGUCCUUUAAAGUACUUUGACAACAUUAUUCGAGGCAGGAACUCGUUAUCACAAGGCCGAGUUAGCUACAUUUUGCUUGUGGGUAAAGGAAACGGAAGUGCCACACAUUUACCACAGGACAGUGUUUGACAGUAAUGAGCUCUGCAGCUCUCAUCGUGAAGCCUGCAUGUGUGUCUCAGCAUGCAUAUACAUGUUCUGUGUGUACAAAAUCCUUGCAACUGUGUGCAGCAUUCAUAUUUGCAUUAGUGUGUGUUCCCCAUGUGUGUUUUGCAAGCAUGUGCAUGUUAAUGUGUGUGUGUGUCGAAAAGUCACCAUGCCUCCUCCUCACCUCCUGUCGUCUUGAAGGAGAGCAUGUUAGAAAACCACAGGUCUGUCACGUGACGCAACAAGUUUUCCGCUGUCUGCGUUCAGUUUAUGCAGCACAAACCUUCAUUUUGGAUUAAUUAACUACAAGGGUGUUUCUGUUUUCUUUCACAAUGACGCUGAAGAAAUACUUCCUGUAAACGACACACAGGAACCGUAAAGAGGAAGAGGAAGAAAGUGGACAGAGAGGUGAUGGACACAGAUAAGAACUGUAGUCCAGUCAUCGUUGUGAACGGUGAUGAGAGUCUGCAGGUCGCCAUGGACUCACAACACCCUCCUGCUUCCCACAGCGUCCCUCCUGCUCUACCAGAGCUUAGGCUGGUCCUCCUAGGCAGGAAAGGAGCAGGGAAGAGUGCAGCAGGCAACACCAUCCUGGGAGGAGUAGGAGGGUUCGAGAGCGGGAAGCCCACGGAGGAGUGUGUGAAAAGGCGAGCGGAUGUGGCAGGGAGAAAAGUCACGGUGGUGGACACUCCAGGGUGGGAGUGGUACUACCCGCUCAACAGCACCCCCAACUGGGUGAGGAGAGAAACUUUACGGAGUGUGUCGCUUUGUCCUUCUGGACCCCACGCUGUGCUUCUGGUCAUGCGAGCCUGCGCCUCAGUAACAGAGGACUACAUCAGAGAGAUAGAGGAGCACCUGGAGCUGCUGGGAAAAGGAGUUUGGGAGCAUACCAUGUUGCUGUUCACCAGGGGAGACGAACUAGGCCUGGUGUCCAUGGAGCAAAGAAUCCUGACGAGCGGCCCAGCAUUCCAGAGACUCCUCCAAAAGUGUGGGAACAGAUACCAUGUCGUGGAUAACCGGAGCAAAGGAGACGGGAACCAGGUUAUAGAGCUGAUAAGGAAGGUGGAGGAGAUGGUGGAGGGGAAGAAGGAUGGAAGCAGUCAUUUAGAGAUGGACAACACAGUUCUGUUGGGUCUGGAAGCAGACGGGAAGAGGAGAGCGAGGGAGAGGAGGAAGAAACAGAGGGAGAUGGAGGCACAGAUGCAGAGAGGGACCAUCAAAGCUGCUCUAAUGAGCGAUGGUCUUCAGGGUUCCGAGCUAGACGCCCACCAGUCGUUCUCCAAGGCUCCCCGGCGUUUACCUGAGGUCAGGCUAGUUCUCCUGGGCGAGCGUGAAACAGGAAAGAGUUCAGCCGGGAACACGGUCCUGGGCAAAAUGGGCUUCUUUGAGGCCGGGGCAGUAACAGAGGAGUGCAUCCGUCAGCAAGCGGAGGUGGCCAUGCGGCUCGUGACGGUGGUGGACACUCCAGGCUGGGAGGGAGGCGUAGCGGGUGCCACACCAGAGAGGGUGAAGAGGGAGAUUGUCAAUAGUGUGGCCUUGUGUCCGCCAGGGCCCCAUGCACUUCUGCUGACUCUGAGGGUGGAUACACUGGUGAGGGCAGGACAUGUGAGGGAACAUCUGGAGCUUCUGGGCGAGGGUGUAUGGAGACACACGAUAUUGCUGUUCACCCAUGGGGAUCAGCUUCGAGAGGGGGUGGAUAUUGAGCAGCACAUCCAGGGUGGGGGCAGGGACCUCCAGUGGCUGCUGGAGAAGUGCAGGGGCAGGUACCAUGUCAUUAGCAGCGUAGAUGGAGGCUCCAGCAAGGUGACAGAGCUCCUGCAGAAGGUGGAAAAGAUGGCUGCAAUGAACAGGUGUGAGGCUUUCUCCAGCCUGGUCCACGAUGUCAGGGAUCUGAGCCGGCAAAGGAACGAGAAGUUCAACCAGCGCCUGAAGGAGAUGGGAGAUAAAAUGCUUCGUCAGGAGGCAGAGUUGAAAAAUAUGAGAGAGAGGGAGAUGAAAAGCAUCAGGUGGUUCUUUGACAGGAAGAAAAAGGUGAAAUCACCCGGAAAGGCCGACGUUCAAAGGGAAGAAGAGGGGGAUGAGGACAGGAGGAUUGGAGAAAGGAAGAAUGACAUUGGAGAGCUAGAGGAGAGGAUGCGAUGGCUGACAGAGGAUAAAGAGAGAGAAAUUCAGGAUCUGAACGUAGAAAAAGAGAGAAUCCGCUCAGCACUAAACCAGAGUAGAAAAGAAAGGGACGACGCAAUGCUCAGCCUGGAGCUAAAAGAGAGAGAGAUUGAGGAGCUAAAAGAAAGAACUGAUGAACAGCAACUGAAGCUGCUUGACCUUGAACGUGCCAGUGUAGAAAAUGAACAUGAGAGAAAACAGAGGGAGGAUACCAUUAAAGUGAAGAAACAAGAGUGGAUGAGUGAAGUAAAGACACUGGAAGAAAGCAUAAAGCUGGAAAAGAAAGAGAAAGCAGAGUGGAUGGAAAAAGUUGAUUAUUUAAAAACAGAAAUGGAUGAGACAAAAAGACACUAUGAUAAUGUUCUCGAGAGAAAAGUACAAGAAAAAAACAGGGAGAUGGCAGAAAUGGAGGAAAAACUAAAGAAAGAGAUGGAAAUUAAACUGCUUGAAAAAGACAAAGAACUAGUAGAACUGAAAAAAAAAGCCUCAGAGGAAAAGCAGAUAACUCUCGAUAACGCAAAACAAUAUGAAAAACAUAUGGAGAAGAAAGUUGAAGAAAUAAAAUCACAACAUAUGAAAGAGAUGGAGAGAAAAAUGAAUGAGAAAGAGACUGAGAUACACAACAUAAAACUGCAGCAUCAGGACAAGAUGGCCACAAAAAUCAGUGAAAUAGAAAAAGUUAUGGAGAUAAUGAAAGUUCAACACCAAGAAAAAAUUGAUCAGAACUUGAAAGACAAUGCAGAAGAUAUCAAAAGGGUCAAACAACAGCAUGACAAUGAUAUACGGGACAUACAGCAAGAAAAACAAAGAGAGAUUGCAGAGCUGAAAGUGCAGUUUGAAAAAGAAACAGAGGAACAAAUGCGAGCAAAAAAGAGAGAGAUAGCAGAAUUAGAAGAAAAGUAUCUCAUCCAAAUAGAAGGAAAAAUGCAAGAAAAUGAAAAAGAGAAGGAAAUGAUUCAGCUAAAUCACAAAAAAGACAUGGCACAAAUUAUGCAAGAGAAUAAAAAAGAGGUAGAAGUGUUAAAACAGCAGCAUCAGGAAGAAAUGGCAAGAAAAAUGAAUGAAAUGGAAAAACUACUGGAGGCAAGGGGAGCUGCACACCAGGAGGAAAUAGAUAGAAAAGUGAAAGAAAAGGAGGAAGAUGUGGAAAGGGUCCAACAACAGUGCAGUGAUAAAAUAAGGGACAUAGAGCAAGAAAGACAAAGAGAGAUUAAAGAGCUGACACAACAGUUUACAGAACAAAAUGAGAAACAAUUGCAGGAAAGACAAAGAGAGAUAAGAGAGGUAGAGCAAAAGUAUGCCGCCCAAGUAAAAGAAAAGGUGCUAGGAAAUGAAAGAGAGAAGGAACUGAUGAAUGAAAAUCAUGAAAAAUAUAUUUUGCAAAAAAUGCAAGAGAGAGACAGAUUAAUAGAGGAGUUAAAACAUCAACACAUCAACGAAAUCAAAGAAAUAAUGCAAGAAAGUGACAAGGAAAAAGAAAAGCUUGUUAUUAAUCUCAAGAAAGAGAUGGAGCAAAGACUGGAGGAAAAACAAAAAGAGGUAGAGGAAAUAAAACUGAAUGUCAAAGGACUGAAGGAAAAGCUGCAACAAAAGGAAGAGAAAGAAAAUGAUCAUUUAAAGGACAAGAAAGAAAUGGAGCAACAACUGAAAGAAAAAGAAAAAGAAAUUGAGGAGAUGAAAUUAAAUGUCAAACAUGUAAAGGAAAAGCUGCAACAAAAGGCAGAGAAAGAAAAUUAUCAUUUAAAUCACAAGAAAGACAUGGAGCAAAGACUGGAGGAAAGAGAAAGAGAAAUAGAAGUGAUGAAAGAACAUUUAAAAGAACUUGAGCGACAACUGCGGGAAACUGAAGAGGAAAGAGAAAGUGAUCAUUUAAAUCACAAGAGACAGAUGGAGCAAAAACUAGAAGAAAAACAAAGAAUGAUAGAAAACCUGAAUCAGCAUAUAAAGGAUAUUGACGAAAUCCUGCAAAGAAAAGAAGAAGAGAGGGGCGAAAUUAUUCUAAAUCAAAAGAGAGAGGCAGAGCAACGACUGCAAGACAGAGAACGAGAGAUGGAGGAGAUGAAACUGCAGCUUUUAAAUAACACAGAGAGAAAACUAAAAGAAAAGGAAAGUGAGAUUGAAAGUCUUAAACAACAGGCCGACUCCAGGGAGACGAGAUGGAGGGAAGAGCAGAGGAAGAAGGACGAGAAAGGAGAAGACGAGAUGAACCGACUGAUAGAAAUCAUUAACAAGAAAACUCAAGAAAUAACACAAGCACAAUGUCUUCUUGCAGAGAGAGACAGUGAGAUUGAUGAGGCAAAAAAGACAUGUGCAAAGUACUUAGAAGAAAUUGAAGAGCUGAAAGAAAGCAGUAAAAACCAAAACUCUAGCAUGAUCGAGAUACAGCAGCGUCACACAGAGCAGGAAAAGAAAAAAGAUGCUGAAAUGAUGGAAAAACUUCAGGAGAAAGAAGAAGAACUCGACCAACUGAGGCAGAGAGACAGAGAAAACGAGAAUGAGAUCAUCCAACUGAGGCAAACAAUUGAGCAAACAAAGUCCGAGCUGAAGGAGCUCACCAACAAGAUGGAAAAGGAGAUGACAAGCAUGAUUCAGGAAUAUGAAAAGGAGAUUGCGAGAAGUAACGAGAACACAGAAGCCAUUGCAAAGGAGAAGGAUUGUGCUAUAAGUCGUUUGGAGGAAGAGAAUUGGCAAAGCAUUAAGGACGUCACAGAGAAAUAUGAGGAAAGUCGGAGGAGAGUUGAAGAGCUGCAGGAGCAGAACGAGAAGAUGAGAAAAGAGACGGACAAUCUCAAAAUAAAGUGUGAGGAGCUGAAGAAGGAGAGUGAAGAAGAAGUUAGAAAACAUCUCAGUGGAUAUGACCAGCUUGUAAAGAGCACAGAGGCAGAAAUCCAAAGCAUUCUGAAAGAGAGAGAUGUGGAAGUCAGGGUAUUAAAGGAGGCAAAUGACAAACAGCAAGUAGAGAUGGAAAGGAUGAAAGAGAGAGAAGGUGAGGCAGAAAGGCAUAUGAAUGAAAUGAGAGAGCAUUUACAGAAACAGCUGAAGGAGAAACAAAGUGAGUUCAGAAUGAAGAAUGAGGAGAUUGAAGAGGAAUUCUUGAAAAGGGAAAAAGAAGUAAGGGAAAGGGAACAGGUUCUGAUUAGAAAUGAAGAAGAGCUGAGUAAAAGAGGACAUGAACUUGAUGCAAAAGAGGACGAGCUUGUUGAAAAAGAGGUGAAGUUAGAAAGUAAGGAACAAGAACUUAGUGAAUGGGAAGCAAGUCUAGAAAAACAACAAAAAGAGCAAGGAGAUAAAUACGAGCAUGAUGUGAGCAUGAGAGUGCAAACUAUCAAGAAAAAGGAAAGGGAGCUAGAAAGCUUGCUUAGAGCUCUGGAAGGCAAACAGAAAGAGCUAAACUGUCACGGUCAAGAUCUUCAGACAAAGGUAAAAGGGCUGAAAGAUCAAGGGAAAGAGCUGAAAGAUAGGGAGUAUUACUUAAGAAAUGAAGAGCAGGAGUUGCUCAACUGGAAGUCAGAGUUGCAGAUGCGAAAUGAGCAAGUCAACUCUACAACGCAGGAGUUAGAUGAAAUGGGGAGAGGCUUGGCUUUGCUGAAGGAAGAACUUCACAACAAAGAGAAAAUUUUAAAGGUGUCAUUUAAGAAAUUGAGCAAAUGGGAACAAAAUCUUAAAGAACGGGAGGAGGGGUUGCAAAAAAGAGAUUUAGAGAGUGGACAAUAUGAGGGUGAUGACAAUAUGAGAGUCCAUGAGGAAGAUUCUUUCGAUCUGACACCUGCAGUUGAGUGCUCAGAAGACGACUUGAAUUUAAUGUACCGAGAAGUCAGUGAAAGAAGGGAAAAGGGAAGAGGAAGAGAGUCAGAUAGAGGAGAAAAUGCAAAGGAUAGGGAGGAUCAGAGGAUGAAAACAGCAUCGUCAGCUGCAGAGAGCAAUAACUGUCACCUUGAAACACUAAAAGAGAUAGAGAUGGCUGAGGAAAAGGAAGGGGUGAGAGCAGGAGCAGGGCGGAGUCAGGAUCACAGAAGCUCAAACAACAAACAGUCUCCUGAGUCAGAUUUGAGGGUGGUGGUGUUAGGGGAGUCCUGGUCAUCUCGCUCCCCAGCUGGAGUCACCAUCCUGUGUGGAGAGGCAUCCAAACUCGAGGGCUCUACCUUCAGGUCUUGGAGAGGUCAGAUAGCCGGACAACGCCUUGCCGUCGUAGAACCGCUAGGUCUAAGGUGGCGAGACGGACCAGAUCCAACCAACACCAUGCAAAGGAAAAGCAUUCUUGACAGUAUCUCCUGGUGUCACCCAGGACCUCACGUCGUCCUCCUGCUCAUGCCGGCCUUCUUGACCUGCACACAGAAGUACAGGAGAGCAGUAGAGGAGCACAUGGGUUUGCUCGGGGAAGAAAUUUGGCAACGCACACUGGUGCUGUUCACAUGGGGGGAGAGUUUAGGGGAGAGUGCAGAGCAGCACAUCCUAAGGAACGGGGAGCUAAUGGGGCUCAUAGAGAGAUGUGGGGGCAGGUAUCAUGUAGUGAACAGCAAGAAAAGCAACUCUAUGAUUGAGGGAUUAUUUGAGAAGAUGAAGGAUAUAGUGGAUCUGAACAGCAGAGAGCAGUUUCUGAUGUAGAACUGUGAUGAGACUGUAUGAAUUUGUCAUGUAUAAAUCUUAUGUGAAUAUUUUUGAAUAAAUUUAACCAGUGAUGGAAGUAUA